UAUUUUAACUCAUCCAUGUUUGAUGCUUUUAAGGAGGAUAAAAUUAAGGCAAAACUCAACAAAAUAAUCUUAAAAGAGAAGAAAAUCAUCUACAACAGUCUAACAGAGACAAUUGAGAAAAACAUGAAAAAGUGCUAUGAAGAUGCACGAAAAAUUUCAGGAAAUGAUGCACUAAAAAAAAUGAGGAAGACUAUUGAGACACAUGUAUCCUUAAAUAGGAACAUGUAUGAGGACGCAAAAAAGACCAUGAUGAAGAAGAUGAAUGAACUGAUGAUGAUCAUCUGUAAGGAACUGAAGGAAACCAUGGACCACUCCAUUAAACUCUCACUCAAGGCAUCAGCUUUGAGUGAGAGUCUCCCAGAUGUUUCGGAGCAUCUUGAAACUGUCCAGCAACAUUACAAUGAAGGUAAGGGCAGUCAAGAGGGAGAAAUGACAUCACAGUAACCAGGUAAAUAUUUAAAUGUUAUUUCAUGUUACUUUAAAAGUUCCUGUGAAUUCUCAAAGGAAAAAGGGUGAAAUCUGAUGACAAUCCUAAGCACCUAAGUAUACAGUAACUUUUAAAUUUUUACUGUUUAGUGUCAAUAAGUGUGCCAUAAUUUAAGAUCAGAAAUAACCAUUUUAACCCUGGAG